AUGCAAGGCCACUCACGGUCAGGGUCAAAUGUUGGACGGCGUCCGCAGAAUGCAAAGGCAGCGGCGCAGAGGUUGGCACAGGUAAUGGCAUGUCAACAAGCCAAUGACGAUGAUGAGGAAGAUGAGCUGUAUGAGUACAACCUUGUGGCUCCUUCAACUGCUAUUGGACUUGCUGGUGGAAGACCUAAUAGAAAUUGUACUCCUCUGUCAGUUCGUACAUCAAUAGAACCACAGGCAUCAAAUACACGUUUGGCAAUCCGACCCUCUGCAUCAACUGAGUCUUUGGAUCAGCAACACUUGCAAAAGUCAGUUCGUUCAUCCUUAGAAGAAAAUGCAUCAGCUACACGUCCAGCGUCAAUUCGUACAUCGAUAGAACCAGCUACACGUCCAGCAUCAAUAUUAGGAAUUCGUCCAUCUUCAUCUUCAGAGUCUUUGGACCAGCAACCUUUGUCAGCUCGUUCAACGACGCCUAUUCGAGCUUCUCUCCGUUCAGGAGAACAACAACAUUCUCAAUCAUCUGUCCAGAGUACUUCAUCUGUUUCGAGUAAGCUGACUUUUCAAACUAAAAAUAAUUUGGAACAACCACCAUCUGCUCGUGCACCUGCUACACCUUUGGCUGGCAAUCAACUUUUGUCGCAAUCAAGUGUCCAAGAACAACCUCUAUCUGCUCGUUCUCUUGCAGCUAAUCGCUCAAGUUACUUUAGUGGAAAGCCAGUUCCUUCUAAUAUGCCUUUCUCACUCAAGACAACUGCUAUUGAGGCUCAACCUGAAGCUCGUAAAGAUAAAAGGUUAUCAGUAGAUUUUGGUACUUUCAAAUACAAAGAACCUCCUACUCAACCAUCUUCUUCUGCUCUACAGGAUGAGGUUGACAUGCUUCAAGAAGAGAAUGAAAGUUUACUCAAAAAGCUUCGACUUGCAGAAGAGCGUUGCGAAGAAGCUGAGGCACGAGCUAGACAGCUUGAACAACAGGUUGCUAGUCUUGGGGAAGGUGUAUCAAUGGAGGCUCGUCUUAUAAGCAGGAAAGAAGCAGCUCUACAACAAAGGGAGGCUGCUCUAAAAGUUGCAGCACAAAGUCAUGGUGGAAAGGGUGAUGAGCUUGCAGCUCUUCGAACAGAAGUUGAGUCCCUGCGAACUAUGACCCGAAGACUGACGCUGAGUCAAGAGGAGAUGGAAGAGGUCGUUCUCAAGAGGUGUUGGCUCGCACGCUAUUGGACUUUAUGCCAAAGCUAUGGUAUUCACACCGAUAUAGCUGGAGCUAAACGAGAAUACUGGUCAUCCCUAGCUCCUUUAUCACUGGAAGUUGUGUUGGAGGCAGGCCAAAAAGCUAAAGAUGACAACUCAUUACUUUACAACGAUCCAGAGGAUAGAGACACACUUCCGCAUGAUUUGAAUGAACUUUCGGGAGAUGACAAUGUGGAGAGCAUGCUAUUAGUGGAUAAAGCUCUUCGAGAACUCACAUCACUCAAGGUAGAUGGAGCAGUAGCCCUAGCAAUUGCCCAAAAAAGGCGGCCAACUAUAUUGAGAGCUACAGAUGACAUGAUCAGACUACCAAUUGAAGGCCAAAAUUUUUCAGAAUCAUGUGAAUUGAGUACAGAGGAAUCAGAAGAUGUGCAAUUUAAGCAGGCGUGGCUCACAUACUUUUGGAGAAGGGCCAAAAAUCAUGAAGUGGAGCCAGAUAUUGCAGACGAGAGAUUGCAGUUUUGGAUUAACCAAGGUGGCCAACCCCUCACUUCACAUGAUGCUGUUCAUGUGGAGCGAGGACUCAUAGAGCUAAAGAAAUUGGGGAUUGAAACUCAAUUAUGGAAAGAAACUCGUAGAUCAAUAGAUCCAGAAAAAACUAAGAAAAUGCAAAAAGAAAAUGAUUUUUGACAAUAAGUUGUUUUUUCCUCUUACCUAUUAAUACUUUUUCCUCUUUUCGUUUUAGGUUUUCUUAGUUUAUUUUAUUAUUUAUAUAUAAUUACAGAUUUCUGGUAACAUUCCUUAUAAAGUGUUUAUUCUUGUAAUACUAGAAAUAAUGUAAGAGCAGAUAGAAAUCUUCUGGUGCACUAUUUUUUACACGAUGCAUAAUAUUGUAAAAUAGUAUAGAUUGUGAAUGUGUAAUAACCCUUCAGGUCA